UAACUAGGUACCUACUUAAGGUAAAUAUUUACUAGCAGUCUAACAUUCUACUAGUAUCAUAUAGGAGAGACUUCAUGUAUAAAAACCGGCUUCCGGAGUUGGAGUUUGCUUUUCGUGCUCCUCUCAAUGACUCACUACCGAAUCCUCAAGACAUAGCCUUUGUCUGGUUCUUCUUUGUCUGGUUCUUACCAACAUUGGACAGUGCAUAACUACCUCCUAACCUAGUGGCCUUGGAACGGCCUGUAAUCCCUACCUACCUGUAUAUUAUAUCCUUCGCCAACUAUAGUUCGCCUCAGGACACUCCGUCGCAGCCAAGGUAAAUCACAUCGAAGUCCAUCAUUAAAAACUCAUCAUGAAUUCAGACGUCACCCCAUCACCCGGCGUCCGCGUGGUCGUCACGGCCCACGACGAAGAGGGAACCUCUAUCGUUCACUCGGACCGAAUACACCAACCCUUCAUACCUUUCGGGCUAGGAGGAAGUUCCUUCUCGAUCUUUGACACUCGCUCUUCGGUGCCUGUAAACAACCAGGACGAACCGCAGGACCUCCAGAACACGAUUCCCCGUCCUGAGCCGGCGGGUGUCAUGUUCUGCAUAGCCAAUAUGGCGCCCCACUAUAGGUCACUGAUGCACCGCACCUCCAGCUUAGACUACUGCGCCGUACUGUCGGGCGAGAUUGUGCUUGGGCUGGACGGUGGCGAGGAGAGGACUAUUAAGGCGGGCGAGAUGGUCGUGCAGCAGGGAGUCAACCACGUGUGGCACAACCGCACGGAUGAGGUCUGUAGAAUCGCAUUCGUCAUGGUGGGAGCGGAAAAGGUCAAACUACCGAACGGACAGGAGCUGGGGGAGACCCUGAUCGAAAAUAGUUCUGAUGCUUGCUAGAUUCCUUAUAGGAGCGGGUUUAGGCUUGGUUGGUUAAGGGGGCCCAUGAUAUGAAUAGAGGUUAGAACUCCAAGGUAUUCGGACAGGGGUUUGGGUAUAUUCUAUUCAAUUAGA